GAUUAGCAAAAAUCCCGCUAAGCCGGAAAUGGUCAAAUAUCAUUGGUCCUCCCGCCUGAGGCCACAUACUGUUGUACAAUUCCAGCACGACAUCAACGAUGGAGUUGAAGCACUUCCUCCACGAACUCUGCCUGAACCCCAGACAUACAAAAUGGAUUGCACCACUUCUUAUCGUAGGCGAUGCCUUCCUAUGUGCUCUUAUCGUCUGGAAGAUCCCAUAUACUGAGAUCGACUGGACGACAUACAUGCAACAGAUAGCGCUUUACCUCUCUGGUGAACGUGACUAUACCUUGAUUAAGGGAUCCACUGGACCCCUUGUAUACCCGGCCGCCCACGUAUAUAGCUACACAGCACUCUAUCACCUAACAGAUGAAGGCCGAGAUAUUCUCUUCGGACAGAUAUUAUUUGCUGUCUUCUACCUUGUCACGCUAGCGAUCGUGAUGGCUUGCUACAGGCAGUCAGGCGCUCCUCCGUAUCUGUUUCCUCUUCUUGUCCUUUCCAAGCGGCUCCACAGUGUCUUUGUCUUGCGCCUUUUCAAUGAUGGCCUUGCAGCCUGUGCCAUGUGGACAGCAAUCCUGCUCUUCCAGAAUAAGAAAUGGACGGCUGGCGUUACGGCCUGGUCUGUUGGGGUUGGCAUUAAGAUGACGUUACUGCUCCUUACGCCAGCCAUCGCGGUGGUAACUGUACUCAGCCUUUCCCUGGCGCCAAGUAUUCGACUUGGAAUUCUAGCAUUGCUCAUUCAGGUUCUACUAGCGAUUCCCUUCCUACAAGGUAACCCUACAGGAUACGCCGCGCGGGCCUUUGAGUUGACUAGACAGUUCAUGUUCAAGUGGACUGUCAAUUGGAGGUUUGUGGGUGAAGAAUUGUUCCUAUCCAAACAGUUCUCUUUGGCCUUGCUAGCAUUGCAUAUUGGUCUGCUGGGAUUAUUUGCUGCCACAGGCUGGUUACGACCGUCGGGAUCUAACCUCCCUGGCUUCCUCCGGAAUCUGCUCCAAGGACGCCAACGCACCGUGGCGCUUUCCAAGUCUUUCAUGAUGACCGUGAUGUUGACAUCGCUCGUGAUCGGAUUGUUGUGCGCAAGGUCCCUUCAUUACCAGUUCUUCGCCUAUCUCUCCUGGGCUACGCCUUUCCUUCUCUGGCGGGCUGGAUUCCAUCCGAUCCUUAUAUAUGCGACCUGGGCACUGCAGGAGUGGGGUUGGAAUGUCUACCCAAGCACCAAUGCCAGUUCUUCGGUCGUUGUCUUCUCACUUGCUGUUCAGGUUUUCGGUGUCCUCUUUAAUUGCAGAAACGCACUGAGCGAUACGCCUCCGAAGCGCAACGGAAAGGAGCACAUCCAGUGAUAAUAAGCCAAUCAUAGGCUGCAAAUUGAUCGUUGAUUUCAUUGUUUUCCUCACUUGACCCAAGUGGUUCUCAUUAGACGUAGACGCACGCGCAUGGAUGCAGCGAUCACCGCGCGUCGAUUAGUUCAGGCGUCGGAGUCGUCCGAGGGAGGCAUCUGGCCCACUUUUGACUCUUCUUCAUCCUCUGAAUCCGAUGCAAUAACAGUAGAUUGCUUAAUGAAUUCCUUCGGCCAGAAUGGAGCCUUGCGCCAGGCUUUCUCAUCCCGGACGAUAUUAACGAUCUCCCCAGCAAGCUUGUUGUCCCGGUCCUCAAGAGCGUUCAUAUCGACCACGACGUAGGAGUUGCGUUUCAUCCAGAUUCUUGAACGGAAGCGGGAAGGUAGUUCGACCAAAACUGUGUCUUUUGAUGGUAGUUCGACCACAUAUAAAUUGUUUCCCGUUGCUUUGCUGACUCGCGCGAUAUGCUGCCCUUGUUGGAGCUCGUCUGGAGGGGUCAGAGUUUCUUCCGCUGUUGCUAGUACCUUGCGCCGUGGUGGUGCCAUGAUGAUCUAUUGCAAUUGGGUUCUCUUUUUUUGGACGUAAAGUAUUGUAAUCUCUUAAAUGCUGUCUUGUACGAAGCAAUUGUUGGUCAUAUAAGCUGUGAUGAGGGGUAG